AUGAGACCAGAACUUCCUGGGUUUUAUUACGACGAGGAGAAGAACAGAUAUUUCCCCAUUAAAGGACCUAUCCCUGGUUUGAAAUCUUCUUCUUCCUCAAGAAAUAAACGAAAACCCGAACCAGAACCUGUACAGGAACGUAAUUAUCAGAAGAGAACCAAACUAACAGCAGUGAAGCUACUUUAUUCCCGAGAGCUAAAUGGCAAUGUCAUCCCUGUCAAUAAGAAGAAAUCUAACUUCGAGGAGGAGAUUCAAAAGACACAAGCUUUUAAUCCUGUGGUAUGGAGCUACGGAUCAACGGAAAACAUUAGCGAUGUUGCUUUGAAACACUUGCAAGUUGAUAUACAAACAUCUGUAGGUCUGACCAGAAAGAACAUCCUAGUAGCAGGCAGUUCAGGAGGCUUUAUAAGCAUACUGAGAGUUGCUGAAGCUGGACAAGCACUCUAUGAUGAGUCUGAAACUCAAGCUUUAAAUGGUGGAAUCGAGUGCGUUCCAGUUUCUGUUCUUCCUCGCAAAGGAAACAAUGCAGUGGAAAGGGAAGCACAUUGGCAUUUAUGGAGACCUGCACGCUCCCAUUUACAGGCAUUAUCGAGUAUAUCUUCUAUAAAGUUGAUUGGAAGUUAUGAUGCAUCUGAAGACUUCCACCGCGCAAACCGGGCAUUGAUAACUACCCUGGGAUCAACUGGUCGUGGGUCGGUUUUUUUCUUAAAUCUUGCUGAAGAACCGCACAUAGUCACUCCGCGAAGCCUCCACGGGAAUGUUUCCUCCGAGUGUACGAUUUGGACUGCUGAUUGCAAUAUAAAUGGGAGUCAUGCAGCUAUUGGUACCAACCUAGGAGCCGCUUUGGUAGAUUUGGAAACAGGAGCAGGUUCAUAUUUUCUCCGUAGCAAAAGUGACGUUUUUGCGCUACAAUUUCAUCAAUCAGGUAACAUUGUUCAGUGCGGUCUCAGAAAUGGGGCCAUUGUGUCAGUUGAUCUACGUGAGAGACCUGGGAGACCUGUUCCGAGGCUCACUAGACACCAGAUACGAUGUCAGUCAUCGAGUAUAACCGGUCAAACUACUACAAAGAAAGAAAUUUUUGAGCUCAAAGGAAACAUAAACCCGUCUCAUGUAAUCUAUAUGCCUUCAUCUCUUACGUGCCUGAAGACACUUAAAACUUAUGAUCAGUACUUAAUGGCAAGCUCCAUGGAUGGAACAAUGAAGCUAUACGAUCAACGCAUGGUUAAGAGAGGGGUCGCUGUACAGACAUAUGAAGGACAUGUAAACUCUCAUAGUCGCAUUGAAUUUGGUAUCGACCCAUCAGAAAGAUUUCUUAUGUCAGGAGGAGAUGACUGUUAUACGCGCAUUUGGAGUAUCAAAUCUGGUCAACUUCUGUCCCAGAACAAAUUCUCCAACUCUGUCACUUCAGUUGUGUGUUGGUCUGCGGCUGAAAGGAAAAGAGACUGGAAAGAUAGCAUUGCUAACGGGGCAUGGCUUGGAUCACGCGACGCGAUAUUCAACGUGCUUUAG